GGGGCAGGAGCAAGAGCUGGCUGCGAGCGCCUCCCCCCCUCCCCAUCCUUCCCGCUCCGGCUGCGUGUCCCCUCGUCGUGCUCUGCCGCCGACCGCCCUGAGCCCGCAGCGCUGUACGAUGUGAGCGGCCGUUGGGCUCGGCAGCGCCCCCGGUGCUCUCGACGCUGGGGCGGGCAGCGAUGGCCAGAGCCUGGCGUGGAAGCAGCAGCCGCCGUCGCCGAUAGGAAGCGCCGGGGGCAGCUGGGCAGGCGGCGCGGAGACUCCCCAGGGCCGUGCAGCGGUUGUCCCGCCCCGCCCCCUCCCUCCUUCCCUCCCCUCCUCCUCCUCCUCUCCCCGCGGCCGGUGCAUGCGGGGCGCUGGGGGCCGAGCUCGGGUCCCCCGCAGCCACCGGAGCGAGUGACCCGCGGGGGUCUUGCGCAUCCCCGCUAUGUCCUCGUCCAGCUCCUCGCAAACCCCCCCGUCCCACCACCAGCCCCCGCCGCAGAGGAUGAGGCGCGGCGCCGCCGGGUCCCCCACCGCCGGCACGGCCGGGGGCCCCGGUAACAGCGCCGGGGGAGGCUCAGCGGGGACCAGCCGGCUGCUCCAGCCUAUCCGAGCGACCGUCCCGUACCAGCUCCUGCGGGGCAACCAGCACAGCCCGACCCGCUCCCCAUCCGCCUCGGUGGGCAGCAACACGGGCCCGGGGAGCGGCGGGGGUCGCGGCGGAGGCAGCCCCCCACCGCCGCCCAGCGCGACGCCGCCGCUGGCGGCGGGCGGUGGAGGGGAGCAGGGCAGGGUGAAGGGCAGGCAGCGGCGGUCGCCGGAGAGCGGCGGCAGCAGGAGGAGCAGCUCACCUGAGAGACGGAGCCCCAGUUCCCCGGUGUACAGAGUGGACAGGCCAAAAUCCCAGCAAAUCAGAACUUCUGGUACCAUAAGGCGAACUUCUUCUUUGGACACAAUAACAGGACCUUACCUCACAGGACAGUGGCCACGUGAUCCCCAUGUACACUACCCUUCAUGUAUGAAAGAUAAAUCUACUCAGACACCCAGCUGUUGGGCCGAAGAGGGAGCAGAAAAGAGAUCCCAUCAGCGCUCGGCAUCGUGGGGAAGUGCUGAUCAGCUGAAAGAGCAGAUUGCCAAGCUGAGGCAGCAGCUGCAGCGCAGCAAGCAGAGCAGCCGGCACGGCAAAGAGAAGGAACGUCAGUCACCUCUCCAUGGCAACCACAUAGCAAUCAGUCAGACUCAGGCUUGUAUUUCCAGAUCUGUCCCUAUGCCACUGUCAAGCAUUUCAGUGCCAAAAUCAACUGCUUCACGUGUGCCGUGUAAUGUAGAAGGAAUAAGCCCUGAACUGGAAAAAGUAUUCAUUAAGGAGAACAGUGGAAAAGAAGAGGUAUCCAAGCCCUUGGACAUCCCCGACGGCCGGCGGGCGCCGUUGCCCGCUCACUACCGCAGCAGCAGCACCCGCAGCAUUGACACGCAGACUCCCUCUGUGCAGGAGCGCAGCAGCAGCUGCAGCAGCCACUCACCCUGUGUCUCUCCCUUUUGCCCUCCUGAAUCUCAGGAUGGCAGUCCCUGUUCAACAGAAGAUUUGCUCUAUGACCGUGAUAAAGACAGUGGGAGUAGCUCACCGUUGCCCAAGUAUGCCUCAUCUCCCAAACCAAACAACAGCUACAUGUUCAAACGAGAGCCCCCAGAGGGAUGUGAGCGAGUGAAGGUCUUUGAGGAAAUGUCGUCUCGCCAGCCUGUCUCAGCCCCUCUCUUUUCAUGUCCUGACAAAAACAAGGUUAAUUUCAUCCCAACCGGAUCAGCUUUCUGUCCUGUAAAACUCCUGGGCCCCCUCCUUCCCGCUUCAGACCUGACGCUGAAGAACUCUCCCAACUCUGGUCAAAGCACAGCUCUGAGCACCCUGACUGUUGAGCAGCUUUCGUCCCGGGUCUCUCUCUCAUCUCUGUCAGAUGACACCAGCACAAUGGACUCCCUGGAGACCCCGGUACAGCCGUGCCAGCAGCAGCAGGAGAUUCAGACUGAAGAGCAUUCCUCUCCUCAGAGCUACGUGUUGAUCUAGAGCAAGGUGGAGCAGGCCUCUGCCCCAGACAAGGAGGGAGGAGAUCCUAGUUCAGAUACAUCUGCAUGAGGUGGCAACCUUUCAGAACACCACAGAAUACUUAGCAGCAUUCAAAAAAUAUCUCAACACUGUUCUUGGCAGGGACAGAAUCCAUAUUUGGCAUUUUUUUGGUGAGAAAGCAGUAAUGCCUGCAGAAUCCAUAUUACAUGAAAUGUUUUAAGUGGAGACUAUGCAUUUCAUAGUACGUUUGACCAGAUUAGUACUGUGUCCUGUGUUCUGUUUCAAAUUCUACAGUAUAAAUAAGCUCUCUCUAUAUAUAAAAAAAAUGUUGCCUGUCUGAAUAGAAAAUGUCUUGCUGUGUUGUGUCCUAUGGAAAAUACUGUACUUCAGGAUUAUGUUUACAAUUGAUCCAGGUGUUUAUGUUUCUAACUUCUGUAAUACACACAAUGCAAAAAAAAAAAAAAAAAAUGGCCACAGCAGUUGCACAGUGCCCACCCUAUGGCCUAGCUUCAGGUACUUCUCUUGAAGUGUAAACUCAGGUAACUUGGAAUGUAUAUCAUAUUGGAAUAUAAAAUAUUUUACAGCUACAAAGCUAAAGAGGGAACAUCACUCUUUUGCCUUUCCUUGUUUUAUGCAUUAUAUUUCCUCAUUACAUUCCACUUUCUUGGAAUAAGUGCAUUCAGAUCCAGGUGAAUGAUGAGCCUGGACAUGGGUGAACAUGAGGAGAACCAGCAAAUCUGUGAUGUAUAUCACUUUGUCAUGUGCUUACAAGUAAAACAACUGUUGCAUUUACUGUCAUUUCAAUAGAUGUAAAAUUGUGGCAUUUAAAGGUUUCAGGUGUUGCUCAGUUAAUGACUGUUAAACUGUUGCAAAUAAAGUGUUCAGUACUAGGCUGUACAUGAGAAACAUUCCACAUUGUGUGUGAGAGGAUUUUGAAAGACAAGAAUGUUUUUGUUAAAGGACAGAAAUUCUUUUAGGUU